UAGCCGGAAGUGGCUACCAGGAGUUUGUCGAAGUGCUAGUGGCUAUGCUAAUGCAUUACAGAGCGCAAUUUGAGUGUCUGGCUGAAUGUGUCUUCUUCAUCCCGGACACAAAUUUACACAUUAUCGUCAUGAUACCGCAGCAGUAAACAUUUUCCACCGCAAUAAAAGAAACGGCCGCGUAUCCUUCUGUUUAUCCAGGCGCUGAAACAAGGCAGGUGUGAAUGACAGACGUGGUGCCUACCACCUCCCUCAGUGAAAUAAAGCUCCGCCUGCUCUGCCACGAUGACAUAGAGAGAAUAAAGGUGCUCUGUGGAGAGUGGUUCCCCAUUGAGUAUCCAGACUCAUGGUAUCAUGACAUCACAUCAAACAAGAAGUUUUUCUCUCUGGCUGCCACCUUUAGAGGUGGAAUUAUGGGGAUGAUUGUGGCAGAAAUAAAAAGCAGAACAAAAGUGCACAAAGAGGAUGGAGACAUCUUGGCCUCCAGCUUUCCCAUUGACACUCAAGUUGCCUACAUCCUGAGUUUAGGAGUCGUGAAGGAGUUUCGUAAACAUGGAAUAGGCUCUCUGUUAUUAGACAGUUUAAAGGAGCACAUCUCCACCAUGGCACAGGACCAUUGUAAAGCUAUCUACCUGCAUGUGCUCACCACCAAUAACACUGCCAUUCACUUUUAUGAGAACAGAGACUUUAAGCAGCACCACUAUUUACCGUAUUAUUACUCUAUACGAGGAGUGCUGAAGGAUGGGUUCACAUAUGUCCUCUACAUCAAUGGCGGACAUCCACCAUGGACUAUCUUUGAUUAUAUUCAUCAUAUAGGUUCAGCACUGGCUAGUCUGAGCCCAUGUUCUAUUCCUCAGAGAAUAUACCGGCAAGCACAGAAUCUGCUGCGCAGCUUUCUGCCGUGGUCGAGCAUCUCUUCCAAGAGUGGCAUUGAGUACAGCAGAACAAUGUGAGGAUCAUCAGACCAAACAAUGCAAGGUGGAAGAGAAUGAUUUGUUUGGGUAACACCAUCACUCAUCAAGCUUGGAUUGUGAAGACUGACAGUGGAUCUCUCUGGACGAGCAGUGUAUUAUAUGUGUACAUUAUAUAUACUUUAUAUAAUAUAUGCAUUGCCAUUAGUAGAUUGCCCUCUUAACAAUCUCUCCACUUCAUGCCUGUAAUUCUGCUGCUGUGUAGAAAUAUGCUAUGGUUUCCCAGAUUUUUAAUAUAAAUAGAUUUUUUUUUUUAUGUGUGCCUGGUCUGUUUAGAGGAUUAUAGGGUUUAUGAUGGUAAAAGUAUCUCCAAGAUGCAUACUUUUUUAUUAAGUCACUUUCAUGCAUGUGUCAAGCUCUAGUGUUUUGUUAGUGCAUUUACACCUUGACGCACAACAUAUAUUUCAGCCCCCAGUUUUAAGUAUUAAGUACUACAUUUAAAGUGAUUGUUUUAAUUAUGUUAGCACAGAGGCAAUGAAUGUAGUUGUUGCUAUAAAGGGAAAAAGGCUACAGUUUUAGAAAAUGCUCCACCUCACUAAAUGUGUAUUAUGUCAAAUUUAAAUGUGCAAAGUCCUUUUAAAUUCUGAAAAUCCUAAUUUAGCUAGAGCACUACAUCCUGUCAUUCCAUGUAGUGUACUUUCUUUUCUUUUAAAGUGGAAAUAGGUGAAUGUAGUAGAAGGGAAGUGUUUGAAUGUUGAUGUGAAUCAGGGAUUUACAUUUACAAAUAAGAUUCUUUGAGAAACAAACUACUGCAUUAUGCAACUUUGCAGGAUCAAAGAUGACCAACCGUCUGCAAUGUUAAGUCUAUUUCUGUUAGUUUGUGACUGUCCUUUCAUGAUAUCUUUGAUGAGACAAAGGCACAUGGGUCUGUUUGUGUAAGACUUAGGACUUUUGUAUGUAUUUGUCCUCUUUGUAUAUGGAACUUAUAUUUCUUUUCAGAAUUUUGACUUUAAGGAAAAAGUGUUGCCAUGAUGCACUAUGUAUGAAAAAUCAUUUUUAACAAGUUAUUGAUAUAGGUAAUGGCUCCACUAUCACCUGUAGUUGAGAGUGAGACAAUUAUUCUGCAAUACCUUUUACAAAUUUUUGUAUUUUGUGAAUUGGUGCAUUGUAAAGGUUUAAAUUUAAAUGCGUAUAAUAUUUACAUUGUGUUGAUUGUAAGGACUUAAAUAGAGGGAAAGCAGUUUUGAUUUUAUACUCUUAUAAUGAAAACCCUUCUUUUCCUUUUAAUUUUCCAAAUGCGUAGAUAUACUUCCUAACCCAAAAGAACAUGCCUAGAAUUAUUGAAAGUAAAGGUAUGUGUCACUAGUUUCCUAAUUGUGCAGUGGCACCCUCUAGUGUUCAAUGAGAGAAUGCAAAACCAGUGGUGGUGUUUUUAAUUGUACAUUUAGUGUUUGUGAUCAUGCAUAAAGCUCUGACCAUUUAUCCCUUUGCAUCCAUCCAUUUGUCUGUCACUCAUAAAUGUAUUAUGUAUUAUUUGUCUAUCCAUCCAUAAAGAGCAUUUUGAGAUGACCUGUUGGUAAAAGAGAAAUAAAAUAAACCAAGAUUAUGAAAUAA